GAACAACAGUUACUGCAGGUUCAUUCCAUCGUGUGAAGCCCAAGGAGAAGGUCGUGUGAUGCGUUUCGAACCAUCGGCUUGCGCGUUGCUUCUAUUACUGACGAUUGUUAAUGCGGUAAGAAAUGAAGAUUUCAGGACUGAUGAACCCGCAAACACCACUCCAGUAACAGAAGAUAAUGAAAGUUUUACUGAAAAUUUUCCGACUGAUGGAGAAAACAAGAAUGUCGAAGAGCAGUACGCGGAUUAUACAGGAGCGCAGGUUUUCAGUGUCAAACUUAGAUCUUCAGAGCACAAAAGGAUGUUCCAGCAGUUAGAAGAUCGAGAAUUAAUCGACGUGUGGCUGCACAAAAGAAGCAAAAAACGCAGUCGUGCCGAAUUCAUGGUGCUUCGUGAAAACAUGCAGGAAGUGCUGUCCCUUUUUUAUGAAGCCGACAUCCAGCCAAAAAUUGUAAUUCCGAAUAUGCAACGACUAAUAGAGAAAGAGAAGAAAGCGGAAACGCUCACUAACAGCACUUUGCGUUCAGGCCACGGCAUGAACUGGAAUGAGUAUCACAGGUACAGCACGAUCCACUCCUUUCUGCUCCACUAUGCAAACGCGUAUCCCGACAUUUGCACGCUCAAAACCAUCGGGAAAACCGUGGAAAACAGAGAUAUUCAAAUGCUGAAAAUAUCAUCUGGUGGCAACGAAAAUAAGACUGCCAUUUUUAUUGACGGAGGAAUGCACGCCCGGGAAUGGAUCACACCAGCCGCUGUGACUUACAUUAUCAAAGAAUUAGUGGAUAACAGGGCCAAGUACCGUUCCUUCGUCGACGACGUUGACUUCCACAUUGUACCACUGGUCAACGUGGACGGCUACGAGUACUCGCACACGAGAGACCGUCUGUGGCGCAAAAAUAGGGCCGACCUGUGGGGACCGUGCAAUGGAGUCGACCUCAACAGGAAUUUUGGUUACAAGUGGGGCACUUCGGGCUCAAGCUUCAUCGGCUGCUCGCAGAUCUACCGCGGAUCAGCAGGAUUUUCAGAGCCAGAAUCUAAAGCGAUAAGAGAUUACAUAAUGGAAUCGGCUGCUAAUUUCCAGGCGUACCUGUCCUUCCACAGCUACGGCCAACUGAUCUUAUACCCAUACGGCUAUGCAAAUAACGAGUUGCCUUCUGACGCUAAUGAUUUAAAAAGAUUGGGUAACGCUGCAGCGUCUGCUGUGCGAAAACUCAGUAAGACGAGAUACACCGUCGGAAACUCAGCCGAGGUCUUGUACAGAUCAUCAGGCGCGUCUGAUGAUUGGGCAAAAGGUGAAGCUGGGAUCAAGUAUUCUUACGUAGUUGAACUGUCGGACACGGGAAAAUAUGGAUUUAUGCUUCCGGAACGACUCAUCAAGCCCACCGCCGCUGAUGCGCUUGAAAUCGUCAAAGUUGUAGCAGAUGAAGUUAUGGGACUGUAAUUUUGAGAGUAUUUAUAUUGUUUCUAUUAAUUUAUUUAUUGAUGAUGAUCGUGUUUUUAGGAAAUAAAGUUUUAACUUAAAUACA